UUUUGUGUGUUCGUACAGAAGGUGAUACACACAAAAGGAACAUAUACGGUUACAAGGGGAUAUCACAUUCAAUAUUACAGAAUCAUUUCUGGUUUUGUGUGUUCGUACAGAAGGUGAUACACACAAGAGUGGUCUCUGUCUCAUCAGAUAAAUCAUUACGUGUAACCCGCAAAUACUAUUUAGAAAUUAAUCCAGAUUUUAUCAUAACUUUACAAUUUCAAUUCGAGUUCCAGAUCUGACUUCCGGUAACUUCAUACGCUAACGAGAUUAAUAUACGCUAACCAAGUUAAAUUUCAUAAGGAAAAAAAAAAAGAACCCUAAGAAAAUCAAGAAAUCUGGCCGCGAAACUCGAUCUUUUCCGAGAUCUGGAAUCGGAUUUGUGCGCGAAUUAGGUAAACAAAUACGGAAAUGACUACAGCCACCAGAUCAGGUGUUCCGAGUUCAGAAGCUGUUUCCAGAGGCUACAACUUCGCAUCUACGUGGGAACAGAAUGCUCCACUGACUGAGCAGCAACAAGCAGCAAUAAUAGCACUCUCUCAUGCAGUUGUGGAGCGGCCAUUUCCUUCCGUAUUGUCGCAGGAAAAUAUAUCCAAAGAAAAUAAUGGCUUAACUAUUUCUACAAAGCCUGGAACUGUGGAAGAAUCCGGAGAAAUAAAUAGUGUUCUGGUCAAUACAAACCAGUUUUACAAGUGGUUUACAGAUCUUGAAGCAGCAAUGAAAUCAGAGACAGAAGAGAAGUAUCAGCAAUAUGUGAACACCUUAACCGAGAGGAUACAAACAUGUGAUGGUAUUCUUCAGCAGGUGGAUGAAACUCUUGAUCUGUUCAGUGAGCUACAAAUGCAACAUCAAGUUGUAGCAACGAAGACCAAAACUCUUCAUGAUGCAUGCGAUCGAAUGGUAAUAGAGAAGCAAAGAUUGAUCGAGUUUGCAGAUUCUCUUCGAAGUAAACUCAGUUAUUUUGAUGAAUUAGAAAACGUUGCUGCCAGCUUUUAUUCUUCAAAUACAAAUGUUGCAAGUGAAAACUUUCUUCCACAGCUUAAAAAGCUUGAUGAUUGCAUCUCGUAUGUUGAAAAUAAUCCACAGUACGCAGAGUCAAAUGUUUAUCUAGUCAAGUUUCGUCAACUUCAAUCUCGAGCUCUUGGAAUGAUACGUGCUCAUGUUCUAUCUGUUCUCAAAAGCAGCACUUCUCAGGUCCAAACAGCCCUUCGGGGUAGCGGUGGCAGCAAAUCAGCUAUUUCUGAGGGUGUUGAGGCUUCUAUCAUUUAUGUUCGCUUCAAGGCAGCUGCAAGUGAGCUUAAACCAAUACUAGAGGAAAUUGAGAGAAGAUCUUCAAGGAAAGAGUAUGUUCAACUUCUUUCAGAAUGUCACAAAAUAUACUGUGAACAGCGGCUAUCUUUGGUAAAAGGCAUAGUAUCGGAAAGGAUUUCAGAAUAUUCCAAAAAGGAGACAUUACCUUCAAUAACGAGAUCUGGGUGUGCAUACUUGAUGCAGGUUUGCCAGCUGGAACAUCAACUGUUUGACCAUUUCUUUCCGUCAACUUCAGAGGAUAUCUCAAGUUUGGCUCCUUUGGUAGAUCCUCUAUGUACUUACUUGUAUGAUACCCUACGACCGAAGCUUAUUCAUGAAAUGAAUUUGGACAUUCUUUGUGAACUUGUGGAUAUUCUUAAAAUAGAAGUCAUAGGAGAACAACUCAGCAGGCGGGGUGAAUCUUUGGCUGGAAUACGUCCUACGUUAGACAGAAUUUUAGCAGAUAUUCACGAAAGGUUAACCUUUCGUGCUCGAACUCACAUUCGUGAUGAGAUAGCAAAUUAUCUGCCUGUAGAUGAAGAUCUAGAUUACCCUGGAAAGCUGGAACGAUCCGCUGAGACCAAAUCUGAUCCCAGUUCUGUAAAUUUGCUGCUCGACCAGAGUUUAGAUGCUUUCAAGACGUGGUACCCUCCGCUUGAGAAAACCGUAUCCUGUCUUUCCAAAUUGUAUAAUUGUCUGGAGCAAGCUGUUUUUACUGGAUUAGCACAGGAAGCGGUUGAGUUUUGCUCUGUAUCUAUCCAAAAAGCAAGCAAACUUGUUGCAAAAAGAUCAUCACAAAUGGAUGGACAACUCUUUCUUAUUAAGCAUCUUCUUAUCUUAAGAGAACAGAUUGCACCUUUUGACAUCGAAUUCUCAGUCACACACAAGGAACUGGAUUUCUCCCAUUUGUUGGAGCAUCUGAGACGAAUUCUUAGAGGUCAAACCUCGCUAUUCGACUGGUCAAGGUCAACUUCUUUGGCAAGGACACUGUCCCCUCGAGUUUUGGAAAGUCAAAUUGAUGCAAAGAAGGAAUUGGAGAAAAAUCUCAAAGCCACAUGUGAAGAGUUCAUCAUGUCAGUAACUAAAUCAGUUGUAGAUCCCAUGCUAUCCUUUGUUACAAAGGUGACAGCUGUCAAAGUUGCAUUGUCGUCAGGCGCUCAAAAUCAGAAGUUAGAGUCAGCUAUGGGAAAACCACUCAAGGAUCAAGCUUUUGCUACACCAGAUAAGGUUGCAGAAAUUGUCCAAAAGGUGAAUGCAGCUAUGCAGAACGAGUUGCCGAGAGUUAUGGAAAAAAUGAAGCUUUAUCUGCAAAAUCCAUCCACCCGAACAAUACUUUUCAAACCAAUCAAGACAAAUAUCAUAGAAGCCCAUGAACAAGUACUAAAACUGCUAAAACAAGACUACUCUGAGGAAGAGAUAACCAACAUUAAGAUGGUGUCUAUACAGGAGCUAGAAUCACAACUCAAUAAUCUCGUAUAAAGUUUUGAUAAUUGGGAACUCAUUAACUGUUAGGGUUCCAAAAGUCGUCAUUUUCGGUUUCCUGUUAUCAGUUAAAUUUAUCAACUUAUUUUCUUCUAUGUUGAUAGAUUUCUUUGUCGAUUCUAACGUGAGUAAAGACCAGGGCGGAGCUAUAUGUAUUGGAACAUGGUCACCAUUAUUGAUUUUUUGAAAUUUAUAUAGAGCGUAUAGUAUAAACGUUCCGAUU